AUGGAACUUACAUCUCGUUUUGGGCAGGUGACCGUACAGCGCCCCGGGUUUAACGAAGUCCAAGAUGUUUGCACAAAUAGCAUGUUGCAGAGGAUAGGGGUUUUUGCCGAUAGAGAUGCUGAUUUGGUAAAAAAGCUCAUCAGCCAAACGUUCUCUGCCAUUCAAAUCUGCUCUCAGCUCUCACCUCUCAGCUCAUCUCUUCUCUUGGGUUUCUUCUUCAACUCAUCGAAAUCAACAAUUUCUACUUCCGGUAAAAGCGAAUCGAAUCCGAUGGAGUGGUAUUUUGCAAACAAUAUGGAGAAUCUGACGGUACCGAAAGACGAGGAGAUGAUGGACAGGCUUCCGUCACCGGAUAGUUGGUCUUCAUGGGGUAAAGUAGUUGGAAACUUCAACUCCCCAAAGAAACUAACUGUUUUAGGUGUGGAAGAUUUUCUAUUAAAUGAUAAUAAUGAUGAUGAUGUUAACGACGACGAUGAUGUUGUCGAACAACUUAGUACACCGAGGUCUAGGCGCCAGCAAAAUCGGCACCAAGACUCAGAUUCUCAACUCAACAAUCUUUCCAAAAUCGAUGAUGCCGAUGACAUUUUCUUCCGUUCGAUAUUUGAAGCAGAUGCCAGCUCAGCAGACAGAGCAGACAGUUCAGCGAGCUUUAGACAAGCUUCGAGCAACCAAGAUCAGAUGGCUAUGGAUAAUCUUGAAAAUUUCGGACAUUUUCUACCUUCAGAGGAAAUGGAAUUCGAGACGUCUAACUCGGACGAGCACUUUGAAUUUGAUAUGUUUGAAGAUAUGAAUGAGGAGGAUAUGUCUACGGAGGAAUCGGUUUUACUUGAGCUACAAACAUUGGCUUUACAGUUGGCUAAUAAAACUAGGGUUUGCUUUCGCGAUUCUCUGUACCGCCUCGCAGAAAAUUCGAGACUUCAUCAGAAUAAUUUUGGUCAGAAUACGAAAGACGAAAACGAAAACGGCAAAGCCACAACUAGUGGUGGACCCUACAGUGCAAGAGAAUCCCAAGCUAAAAGAUCGGACACAAACGCCAUCGACAGAACCAUCGCUACUCUCUUGUUCAAUACGAUACAGUGCUGCAAUAUAACUGCAGAUACUGCACCAAAUGUCACUGCAGAGAAGGCUGAAAAGGAGUACCAGGCCAACGAUUUCUACCUAUCGGGGUUUUACGAGCCUUCUCUUUCCACUACCGCAGAUGGCGAUGCGGAAGUCCCGACAUUCGGUUUGACCAACCAACGGUUGACUAAAGCUCGGGCUCACUUCUCAGACACUUACGCAAUGGCGUCUUGAACAAAAACAAAAUCAAACCGAGUUUUUUUUUUUCUUAUGUAAACAGACUGCUGGUAGUGUAAUAAGCACCGAAUACAUUUUCUUCGUUUUUGGACUUGGUUGCAUGUUUUCUUACGAACAUGCCUUUUGCGGAUUGUUUUUUGAGUCUCGUGUGGAUGGAAAUAUAUAUAUAAUCAUCGUUAAUUAAA